CAGAGAGUAGGCGGUACCCGUUCUACCGCGGAGCCGGAUGUUUGCCGAGCUUUGACAGGCGUGGCAGAAGGAGCAGUGCCUGACCACGGUUUCUCUUCAGGUUCUGUGGGGUGAGGCUGUGGGGAACAGGCAUGGCCAUGGACCCACUCUCAGAUCUUCAGGACGACCUGACCCUGGAUGACGCCAGCCAGGCUCUGAAUCAGCUGAAGCUAGCCUCCAUUGAUGAGAAGAACUGGCCCUCGGACGAAAUGCCCGACUUUCCCAAGUCAGAUGACUCCAAAAGCAGCUCCCCGGAACCUGUCACACACCUGAAGUGGGACGACCCUUACUAUGACAUCGCCCGGCACCAGAUUGUGGAGGUGGCAGGAGACGACAAAUAUGGGCGGAAGAUCAUUGUCUUUAGUGCCUGCCGAAUGCCCCCAAGCCACCAGCUGGACCACAGCAAGCUCCUGGGGUACCUGAAGCACACCCUGGACCAGUACGUGGAGAGUGACUACACGCUGCUCUACCUGCACCACGGCCUGACCAGUGACAACAAGCCCUCUCUCAGCUGGCUCCGCGAUGCCUACAGGGAGUUUGACCGCAAGUACAAGAAGAAUAUCAAGGCCUUGUACAUCGUGCACCCCACCAUGUUCAUCAAGACCCUGCUCAUCCUCUUUAAGCCCAUCAUUAGCUUCAAGUUUGGGCAGAAGAUCUUCUACGUGAACUACCUGAGUGAGCUGAGCGAGCACGUGAAGCUGGAGCAGCUGGGCAUCCCUCGCCAAGUGCUCAAGUAUGAUGACUUCCUUAAGUCCACACAGAAGAGCCCUGCCACAGCCCCCAAGCCCAUGCCACCACGGCCCCCUCUGCCCAACCAGCAAUUUGGGGUCUCGUUGCAGCACCUCCGGGACAAGAACCCAGAUCAUGAGCCCAUUCCGCUCGUGAUCCGGGAGACCGUUGCCUACCUGCAGGCCCACGCUCUCACCACUGAGGGGAUUUUCCGGCGGUCGGCUAACACCCAAAUUGUACGGGAAGUGCAGCAGAAGUACAACAUGGGGCUGCCUGUGGACUUCGACCAGUACAACGAGUUGCACCUGCCAGCGGUCAUCCUCAAGACCUUUCUCCGGGAGCUUCCUGAGCCCUUGCUCACCUUUGACCUCUACCCCCAUGUUGUGAGCUUCCUCAACAUUGACGAGAGCCAGAGAGUGGAGGCGACGCUGCAGGUCCUCCGGACGCUGCCUGAGGAGAACUACCAGGUGCUUCAGUUCCUCACUGCCUUCCUGGUGCAGAUUUCUGCCCACUCUGACCACAACAAAAUGACCAAUACUAACCUGGCUGUCGUCUUCGGCCCUAAUCUGCUGUGGGCCAAGGAUGCUGCGAUCACACUCAAGGCCAUUAAUCCCAUCAACACCUUCACCAAGUUCCUCCUGGACCAUCAGUGGGAGUUGUUCCCUAGCCCUGACUCCAAGGGGCUCUGAAACUAGCCCCUGCCCCACCAGCCCCCUUCUCUGAUAGCCCCAGUUUGGACUCUUCCUCUUGGCAUCAGCCUUACAGGAGCCCGGGACUCCUGCCCGGGAAGGGGCCAUGAGGCCCCCGGGAGAUAGAAGCUGGAGCCAGCCAGCUGGGCAGCUCCUCCUCCCCCUUCUGUCCAGCCCACGUCUCCGGCCCUGGAGGCCUCGCUGUAACCACAAGACAUUUUCUUCGCCUUAUACUUCUCACUGCCUCCUUGGAUCCCUGGCUCCUGCCGGGUUCUGCAGAGCUGGUCUUGGCUCUCCAGCAGAAGGACUGGCCCUGGCACCCCCUUUCUGGCUUUCUCCUGCCUCUUUCCCUGGCAACUGCAGAUGCCAAAAUCACUGCCGGCUGGGCUGGUCGCUGGGGCUGGUCCUCCCCUUCCUGAUUGCUGGGGAAUGAAAGGCUGAGCUGGCCGGCCCUGCUGAGGCUCCCCAGUUUGGGUGAAGGCCUGGGUGCAAGCAUCCUGCUCCUGUCCUCGCCUCUAAUGGCUCAGCUUUGGGUAUUUCCACAGCUAAGGAACGACAAGGCCGAGGUCGGCUUCCUACUUCUGCCUUCUCUUCUACACAUCCUGGGUCCUCCUUUCCCAAGUGGUACUGCCCUCAGGAUGUCCUUACCCCCUGGUUCUGCCAGGACUGGCAGCUUGGAUGACAGGGCGGAGUCCCAGCAUCCAUUUGAAAUAACCCCCGAGAGCCCCCUGGUGUCUGGUCAGACCAGUGACAAGCAGUCUCAGCCCCCCAUGCCUUGCCUCCCUUCCCACCUGGACAGAUCCUCAGCCUGAGGCUCUUAGGGACAUGUGUGUUGUGGAGACACACUGUCCCUGCUCUGGCCAGAGAUGACUCAGUGCCUCAGGAUCCAUGGUGGCUCCUUCCUUAGCUGGGGGCUCCUGGAGGGGCCGGGCAGAGACUUUGCUAAUUAGCUUGGCCCCUGCCAGAUGAGUUCUAGCAACCUCCCCCAAGGAACGUGGGGCCCCAGGGCCCUGGUGUCUUUCAGAAAACCUGGACCCUGAUGAUGAUGGAUAUCCCUCAUUCCAGCUGUGUCCCUUAGAAUUACACUCCUUCCUGGUGAACCCUGGGGACCCCCCUUCCUGCAACCUGGUCCCCUGGCAGCAGGGAAGUACCUGCACAGUGGCCCUGCCCUGCAGCCUUGGCCAGACCCUGUAGCGUGUCCAGCCCAGCUCCAUCUGGGGGCCGGGUGGGGCCUGCCCUGACCUCACUGGGCUCUCUCCCCAGGGCACUGGCAUGUCAGGACUCCCAGGCCUGGCGUGGCUGCUGGCUCCAUCAGUCCCUGUGUCCCUAGCCGGGGCCUGGGCCUCUGCUUUCUGCCCUCCUUCGUAUAUCAGGUGUUGCUCACAGCCCCGUUUACUGGGGAGCCUGCGGAUCUAUCUGGUCUGUACCUGGGGAGCGGGGUGGGCGGCACUUGUGCUGUGAAUUGAGGGGUCACAUUCACAUUUAAUGACUUCCUUGGCACCAAUCAUGUAUUUCACCUUUGCACUUUUUGUAUUUCAAUAAAAAUGGAGAUGGAAACUGCC